AUGGUGGACUCACGACGCGAGGCUGAGAAGUUGAAGAAUUCCAUUAGACCGGCAGCCGCACCGGAUGGACGUCAUUACGGAACGCACGAGAUCAAUGGGCACCAUCGUUCGGGCAGCACGGCGAAUGAUGCAUACACCUUACAAGGAGCACACGAGGCAGAGAAGUAUCUUCCGCGACGAAGACCGGAAUUGGGUCUGACGAGCGAGCUGGAGGGCCACAGCUCGAAGGCGCCCGGGUUGCGAGCUGAAGGUGGGCCGAGUAUGCUGCCGGCUGCUGUUCUGAGGCCACCACAGAUGCUUGAUUCCACGCCGCUGGGAGACAAGUCCAGCUCGAAAUCUUCGAUAUUUCUGGAGCACAUGUCCGAGAUGGAAGAUACGUCUUGUAGUCGACCAUCUCCGCCUCCUGCCGCGCCACCACAGUCGCCUUCAACCAUGGAAUCGCCCGUUUUAGGUCGCGCGGCUGGCGCAUUCCUCACCUCGCUUGCCGAUGACACCCGGGCGAAGCAACACGCCCUAUAUCGGAACAAUUAUGAUCCAGACCAGACGACAGCGCGAGCCGAGGAGGGGAUGAGUCCGUCGCUGAUGCCAAAAGCACCACCAGCUGCCCGAAUCACGCCAGCACCUGUGCAGAUCAGUCCCAAUGCUGGAGAAGAUGCCAGGGAUAGCUCGUUCGUGGUCAGUCCGCUAAGAUAUACCAAGUACAAGCGAGGGAGCGACUCUUCUGAUAAGGAGUCGAAAUGGAAUGGUUAUGUGUAG